AUGGGAAGACCGGGGAGGAAACUGAGAGGCCGAGCCAGGCCUGGACUCUUCCCAUUUCCAAAAGAGGAGCUCAGACAAGGAGGCUCGUCUCCCGCAAAUCUCAAAGCCAUGUCUAAGGGAUCAGCGUCAUUCAAGGAUGUGACCGUGGACUACCAGGAGGAGUGGCAAUGACUGGACCCUGCCCAGAAAGCCCUCUACAGGGAUGUGAUGCUAGAAAACUACUGUCAUUUCAUCUCUGUGGGAUUUCACAUAACAAAACCUGAUCUGAUCCGCAAGUUGGAACAAGGAGAGGAGCUGUGGACAGAGAGAAUCUUUCCAAGUCAGAGCUAUCUAGAAGAGGAAGAAAUUUUGGUGAAGUUCAGUGACUACCAGGGCAAGCCUCCUAAAUCGAUCGUAAUCAUCAAGCACAAGAAGCUAAUUAAGGAGAGAAGCAGCGCUUAUGGGGAAACCCUAGGCAAGAACCGUGUUACUUCCAAAACACUAUUUGAGUAUAAAACUGAUGGAAAAGUUCUGAAAAAUAUCUCAGAAUUCAUCGGUGGAGAUAUAAACCCUGCAAUGGGGAAGUUGGGUGGAAGUAAAGAAUGGGAGGGAUCAAUCCUGACUUCGAAGCAGGAGAAAAUGCAUCCUGCCUCGAUCCUCUAUAAACAAAUCAGAAGGGAUCUGAGCUCUGAAUGGGAGCUCGCUCAGCACCAGAAGACCCAGAUUCCAGAGCAGAGGUUUGAAUAUAACAAAUGUGACAGCUCCUUCCUCAUGACAGGAGUGGAAUUUCCACAUGACAGAGAUCACAGAGGAGGCGGGAACUUCAACUACAGUAAAGAUGACAUCACUUUUUUUGAAAAGUCAGACCUUGGUAUUCAUCCACAUGAUCUUAUGGAAAAGAAAUGUUCUUCAUACAACAAAUAUGGGGAGCUCCUUUGCAGAAAGUCAGUGUUUGUUAUGCACCCCAGCUCUCAGAUGGAUGAGAGGGCCUUCCAGUGUCCUUACUGUGGGAACAGCUUUAGAAGGAAGUCCUACUUUAUUGAGCACGAGCGGAUCCACACAGGGGAGAAGCCCUAUAUUUGCUGUCAGUACGGGAGAGCCUUCCGUCAGAAGACGGAUCUGACACUCCACGGAAAAACACAUACAGAGGGGAAACUCUAUCUCUGUGUGGACUGUGGGAAGUCCUUCCGCCAAAAGGCAACCCUCACCAGGCACCACAAGGCACACACGGGGGAGAAAGCCUACGAAUGCACUCAGUGUGGAAGUGCCUUUGGAAAAAAGUCAUACCUAAUCGACCAUCAGAGAACUCACACAGGGGAGAAGUGCACAGCGUGUGGGAAGUCGUUUAUCCAGAAGACAACGCUCACGGUGCACCAAAGGACUCACACUGGGGAGAAGCCCUAUAUCUGCAGUGACUGCGGAAAGUCCUUCUCCCAGAAGACAACCCGGACCCUCUGUCAGCGGAUACACACUGGGGAGAAGCCCUAUAUCUGCAGUGACUGCGGAAAGUCCUUCCGCCAGAAGGCAACCCUCACUGUGCACUACAGAAUACAUACAGGAGAAAAAUCCAAUGGCUGUCCCCAGUGUGGGAAAGCCUUCAGUAGGAAAUCAAACCUCAUUCGCCACCAGAAAAUUCACACAGGAGAAAAACCCUAUGAAUGUCAAGAGUGUGGAAAUUUCUUUAGCUGUAAAUCAAACCUCGUUACCCACCAGAAAACUCACAAGACAGAAACCAUGAGAUUUCAAAAAAAAAAAAAACUAAAGAGGGGUAUGGCAUCCAACUCCAAAUCUAAGUCAGAAUCUCCAAAACCUGCCAGUCACCAAACUUACCAUUCUACCUAA